CACACACACACACAGGGACGAUUAUGGCUUUAUGGCUUACAUCCCAUAGCGCUCUCUCUCUCUCUCUCUCUCUCUCUCUCUCUCUCUCUCUCUCUCUCUCUCUCUCUCCGUAUUAAGUGAUUAAAUAUAGUGGAGCUACACUCUUCAUGUGUCUCUCCCAUUUAUUUUUUAUCACUUGCUCAGAAGGACACUCGUCAAUCCGUCCAUCCAUCCAUUCAUCUCUCUCUCUCUCUUUCUCUCUCUCUCUCUCUCUCUCUCUUACACACACACACACACACACACACACACACACACACACACACACACACACACACACACACACACUAUCCAUUGUCCUCUUUUUUUAUCUUUUACCAUCUGAUGGAGGCUGAAGCACUGUACAGCUUCAGAGCUACAGAAUGUGAUGAGCUCAGUUUUCACAAGGGUGACAUCCUGAAGGUGACGAAUAUGGACGAAGAUCCAAACUGGUACACUGCCGAACAUUCGGGAAGGAAAGGCUUCGUACCCAAAAAUUAUAUCAAUGUAAGGCCUCAUCCAUGGUUUGUUGGAGGAAUUUCUCGCCUGGCCGCGGAGAGCCGUCUGAGACCGCUGGAGAGCGGAGCGUUCCUCAUCCGGGAAAGUGAGAGUACACCGGGAGAGUUCUCUGUGUCUGUCAGUUAUGGGGACCACGUGCAGCACUUUAAGGUCCUAAAGGAUCAACUGCAGCGUUACUUCGUAUGGGACGAAGUUUUCACCUCGCUCAACCAGCUGGUGGAGUUUUACCGCAACAACAGCAUUGCAAAAGAGAGGAUCGUUUUCUUACGUGAGCCUGAGAGACUGCUGGCUAGGCCUCGUCACGCUCACGCUCUCUUCGACUUCACGCCUCCUCACGUGACCCAGCUGCGUUUCCUGCGCGGUGACAUCAUCGACCUAUUGGACUGCUCAAACGCGCAUUGCUGGAAGGGGCGGUGUCGGGGUCGCGUGGGCAUGUUCCCUCCCGAAUACGUGCAUCCUGUGUACCUCUAAAUGGCGUAAGGAUUCUAUUUAACCCUGAAACCUGUCACGCAAACACAGCUUUAACUAGCAGAAAUGUGUGUGUGUGUUUUUUUUUAAAUAACUCAAUAAAUAAAUAAAUAAAUAAAUCUCACUGAUUUAUUAGCGGAAUAUCACAAUGCAAUUUUACGGUUAGAACAAUUUUAGAAAUAAUGUUUACACAUUGUUAGAAUUGUCGACGCGGUUCUGUCGUCACAUUUCAGUUAACGGAUUGUAAACAGAAUGCAUAGAAUUUCAUUCAUUCAGUUUAUUAACAUUUAAUAAACAGAAAAAAGUUUAAAAUUAAGUUACUAUUUAUGGCUAAUAUUUAUUCCUAAUGAUCG